AUGAGGGAUAUCAAGACAGAAAUCAUCGACACAGAGAAGCAAAUCAGCGAUCUGGUCGAUUGGCUUAUCUUCCGCUACGCAUCACGGGUAUUGGUCGAGUCAACCAUGUACAUUGAUCUCGAAGGCGUAGACCUCUGCCGUGAGGGCUCGCUUUCGAUCCUCACCCUUCUGAUCAAUAUAGGAAGCCCGAGCAUGCGCAACGAAAACAUUCCAAAGGUCUUUUUCGACAUUCGCAACGAUGCGGAUGCCUUGUAUGCACAUUUUGGCGUGGCACUACAAGGGGUAGAGGAUAUCCAGCUUAUGGAGAGUGCUACGAGAGUAACGACGAGUUCUAGGAAGUAUUUGAACGGUUUAGCCAAAUGUAUUGAGCAAAGCGGGUUAGAUAGUCACGAUCCAACGAGCUGGAAUCUGGCGAAAGAAAAAGGAGCCCGAUUAUUCAAGCCUGAAUUUGGUGGUUCCUACAAGAUUUUCGAACAACGCCCAAUUUGCGACGACAUCAUCUCUUAUUGCGUUGGGGAUGUCCAGUAUCUUCCUAAUUUGCGAAGCAAAUUCCGUUCAGGAACCGUGAGGUGGCAAGUUUUGGUUCGCAUCGAAACCAAGAGGCGCGUUGAAACGUCUCAUAAGCCGGAGUACCAGCCUCACGGCCCAGAUAGAACCUUAGCUCCGUGGAGCGAAGAUCAGAAUAAGACUUUGGAUGAUGAGUGGAAUUACGUCCCGCCGCCUCCAAUUUCUUUGGAUAGAAAUUUCCACUGGAGUUACAAUUACGAUUGUGAAAACGAGCGUAACUAUUCCGACAAUUCCGACUGA